UCAAUAUUGAUUGACGUCGGAUGCUCGACCAGGAAGAAGAAGCCAGCAGUGAGAUCACUCUCCAGAAAUCCCCUCCAGUGCUGUCUCCACCACGAAGAAGGAGAGCGACGUACACAGACUAAACAACACAGACCACGGGAGUUUGUUGCUGCCUGACAUUACGAAGAGUUUGAGCUGAUUUUACAUCAAAGACAUUAAAGGAUGUCUCUGUAUCCAUCCCUCGAGGACCUCAAGGUCGACAAGGUCAUGAAGGCUCAGGCCCAGUAUGUCCACACGGCCACCACCAUGCCAGCCAUCUCUGAGGGAGCCUACCAGCCUCAGCCAGCAACUGCUGGGAUGCCUUCAUCAAGCUUGUACCCAAACCUGGAGGAGCUGGGAGACUACAUGGGUCUGGCUCUGAACAGCGAUGAAGUCCAGAGGAACCUGGCCUUGCUGCCUGUGGGUGACAGUCAAGUGGCUGUGCCCUCCAGCUCCGGUUUUGGGGGGAUGGUGCGACCCGUGACGGGGACAGACGUGGGCAUUCGGAGGGCAGAGAUCCGUCCGGGGCUGCGGGAGAUCAUUCUCUGUAAGGACCAGGACGGGAAAGUGGGACUGCGGCUCAGGGCCAUCGACAACGGUAUGUUUGUCCAGCUGGUGCAGGCUAACUCCCCUGCGGCCCUGGCCGGGCUGCGUUUCGGCGACCAGGUUCUUCAGAUCAACGGGCAGAACAGUGCCGGCUGGAGUGUGGACAAGGCCCACAAGGCUUUGAAGGCUGCUGCUGAGACCCGCAUCGAGCUGGUGGUCAGGGACAGGCCAUUCCAGCGCACUAUCACGAUGCACAAAGACAGCUCAGGACACGUGGGCUUCAUCUACAAGUCUGGAAGAGUCACAUCCCUGGUUAAGGACGGAUCUGCCGCCCGCAAUGGCCUGCUGACCGAACAUUACAUCUGUGAAAUCAAUGGCCAGAAUGUGAUUGGACUCAAGGACUCUCAGAUCAAGGACAUCCUGACCACAUCUCCGACCGCCAUGACCAUCACCAUCAUGCCCAAGUUCAUCUACGAGCACAUGAUUAAGAGGAUGUCCACUGGCCUCCUGCGAUCAGCCAUGGAUCACUCUGUUCCAGAGGUGUGAAGACCAGGAGGAGGAGGAGGAGGAGGACUUUAAACUGUCAGGACGUCUACAUACAGAGAUAUCUUUCUCUCUCUUUCAAACUCUUCUUCUCUCUUUAACUCAUCUCUCUCUCUCUCUCUCUCUUUCUGUCUGGCUCUCUCUCUUUCUGUAUUCAUACCAAACCACCUCUUGCAUCACAAUCAUCCUCUGCUUCAUUUUCUCAUCCCUAACAUCAUGUUUAAGAUGCCUUUUUUUCUAUUCUUUAGUUGCUGAUUAUAUACUUUCCUUUUUUACAUUUCCUCACCUUCGUUGACAUGUCCAGUACUUUUUAUAUGUUAACCUUGUAUGCUUAGUAUUACCCGUUUAUCCUUCUUUUGUAUUUGAGAUCAAGGACAGUACAAAUGUUUUUUCUUAAGCCAUGCACACUAUCAUGAGUCCAGAGCUUCCUCCUCAUCGUGGAGACGAAUCAUUGACGUGUAAACAUUUCAUCCGGUCAAAAGCUGUAAAAGCCAACAGUCCGUUAUCAGAGCACUACCACAGAGAUAACGGCUGUGCUCCUGUCCCUGCACUUGGCCCCUUAAUGUGUGUACAUAAAAUCUGAGCUGAGAUAAAACCCACGGCCUCAUAUGUAAAAAAAAAAAAAGAAAAUAAAAAAGUGGCUGACUUGUUUUUAGAUCCCAGUGUACAGUUGUUUUUAAGGGGCCAGUAAAACUAACAUUUUAGAAUUGUUUUUAGUUCCUAUCAUUCAUCCGUGUCUGUCCGUGUCAUUUGGGGCAGAAACAUAUAAUUUGUUUGUCUAUUUGUUGAUCCCUAACAUUUACGGCCCCUGGAUUCUAACUUGUAAAUGAGGUAACAAUUUCUCCAUCCGAUGGCUAAUCAUCGUUGAAGCACGUGUUCCUGUCGAGGUGACUCUGACGUGUUGGAUUAGUAGGUACAUUCCAGGUGUAGGGAAAGGGGCAGCAGCACAUGUUUGUUGCUCUAUGCAGCUGGGAUGGAGUCCUGUCCGUACACACUGUAUGAGCCGUGAGACGCUGAAAGGCAAACGUCAGCAGGACCAGAGUGCAGUAGCUAUCUGGACUGAAGUUCAAAUUGUUGUCGGAUACAGUCUUGUGUUUUCAAAUAAUUUCGAGGGACUCGUUGGCAUUUGUUUGAGCGGGAUAUGUGCUGGACAGACCCACUAAGUGCACUUUCCACUACCUUUUAAAGGGUUGUCUUUCCUGUUUCCAUUUCAACAGUGAGGCUCUGUUUUUUUUAUUACUGUGUUUGUGGUGCCUCAUGUCGAUGAGAAAACUCAUGAAAACAGACACUUAGCUUUAGAGACUGCAUAAAUAAAUUUGAUGCUGAAAAUCCUGUGCUCAAAUUCUAGUUCAAAUUCCUCGUCAUGGGUUUAACCAAUAAACGGAUGCUCCUCUGCUAAGUGUUGCUCAGAGGACGCCCCUCUUCCUCUGUAAAUCCCUCCUGGACCGGGGAGCACGGUUAGAGCAGAGCUCACAGGUGUGACUUCUGCUUGUUAUGUAAAGUUGCUCCUUUUAGUGCUGUUCAUGUUUGUAUGCAUGUAUCUCUUUAAUUUUCUAGGUAUGCAAUCUGAUAAAACAUCACUGUCAUUCUGUAAGAAAAUGCUAGAAAAAUCUAAAAGUUUAUAUACGAAUGUGACCAAGAUAAUAUUGUAAACAAAUAAACAGUCUCUCUGUUCACAUAAA